CUCAGAGGGCAACACAACAAAGCUAACCGCCAGGUUGCCUGGCAAUUAGCUGGAGCGCUAACAGUCAUUUAACUCAGAAAUAUGACGCACUACGUUUGUAUGAAAAGACAUAUAAUAAAGCAUCGAGCUUAGAUAACUUAUCGGAUAUAGAGGCAGAAGCGAAGCUAGGAGGAUGUAUGCGGUGUACAGGCAGGCCCACACCCCCACUGCUGUGGAGUUCUCCGUCUAUUGUAACUUUAUAUCCAGUAAGGAGAAAAACCUGGUUAUCGCCGGAACAUCCCAGCUUUUCGUCUAUAGGAUCAUUCACGAUGUUGAGAGCACAUCCAGAACUGAAAAGUCAUCCGAUUCUAAAACCCGUAAGGAGAAGCUGGAGCAGGUGGCCUCCUUCUCUCUCUUUGGUAACAUCAUGUCCAUGGCGAGUGUGCAGCUGAUAGGCGCCAACAGAGAUGCGCUCCUCCUCAGUUUUAAAGAUGCAAAGUUGGCUGUAGUGGAGUACGACCCCGGGACACAUGACCUCAAGACUCUCUCUCUGCAUUACUUUGAGGAGCCAGAGCUCAGA